AAAGAAAAAGGGCGAGUGAGUGAGAGAGAGAGAGAGCACAAAAGCGAAAGAAGCUGCAGAUUCCCGGUGACGCAAAAGUGGGUCAACUUAAACCUGUUCCGACACACCACCACAUCUGUGAGGAUGGAGCGAUCUGAUCUAAUGUUCUUGCAGGCUGUCAUAGAGCCUCUUGAGACUGGGCUGUUGUCCUUCAACCACCUGUCAGAGAUGGUCCUCAGUGUAGAUGCAGACAUUGUCUCCUCUGAAUGUCAGACCUUUGAUGACAUCAGACGAGAGAUUGAGAAAAUAGAGAAGCACUUCAGAGAGUCAGAGCAGAUAGCCGAUGUGGAGCUACAUCGUCUAGAUAACAAAACUGAGAGUCUCACUGCUGAUCAUAGCAAUAUAAUGAAAAAGAGAAAGGAGCAAGACGCCAAGUUAGCAGACUUGGAAACCUGUCUGGACUCAUAUGAGUCCUCCUUAAAGAGUUACAGUGAAGCUCAAGAGACUGAGCAGAGAAACCUGGAAUCUGCAGAGCAGACCCUGAAGGAAAUGGAACAGAAUAGAGAUUAUGCAACCACAAUAAGGAAUGUUGGAGCUGGCCUUUUUGCUAUACCAAUUUUUGGAUGGAUUGCUGGUGCAGUCAUGGUUGGUGUUGGCCAAACCGACUUAAACUCAGCCUGGGAGCUAAUAGAAAAAGCUCGUCAGGAGAUGGAGAAAUGUGACGCCCAGGUGAAGGUCUACAGUCAAAAAGUGUCCGAGUGUAAAGAAUCGAUUGCUAAAGCUCAGGGAGAAAUCCAAGAGGUCAGUAGCAGAAUUAGUGAGCUUGAGGCAGAACUGCAGGACUUGUCAAUGAAACGGGAAACUAUUGCAGACGUUCAGAGUCAAACUAGAGAAGCCGUUCAUCGUCUGGGGCUUCUUUCUGGGGUGGGGAAGGCAGCUGAGCGACAGACCAGAAAUCUGAUUCUGGUGGAGGCCUUGGUGAAGGUGGUGAACCAAUUGACACCAGUGCUGACCCAGAUAGGAGGUGAUCUGCUGCCCUCCCUAGGCUUAUAAUUAGGGAUGGGUACCGUGCCCCGGUAUUGAACCAGCCCCGGGGCCACAUUCUUCGGGACCGUAGUAUCGUUAAGAUCUGACCUGAUCGGUUCUGCUAUC